UCCGCAUACGCUUACGCAAAGCACCCACAAUGCCCGCAAAACAACCACACCUUGAUUCACAGUUGCAUGCUUAAGUACGAACGUAGAUUGCAAUUCGUUCUGUCCAGAAUAUGAGGAAACGUGUAAAUUCACUUGUCUGAAGAGCUGCAAAAGAACGAUUGAUUGAAGGAUGAAGCUUAACCAUCCAUUUCUACCAACUGGUGUAUUCUACUGGGUAUCCAGAAGAUUCCUGACCUAAAAUUGUUUUGGAAUAUGUGACUUCAAGGCUGCGGACUCCUCAGGGCACAAGGAUUACGUGGGGACAUACAUGACUGCUCAAAUCAUGCAGCCUCCACCGAGUCAACAUUCAAAUGUUCUCAUUUCACUGGUUGGCAUAACAAACCAAGGACCUUCCCAGACAAGCAACCAUAAGUUGUUCUGCUCCAAAUGUCGCUUUUCCACCAAGGACCAUGACCUCUUUGAGCGACACUUGGCUCAGCAUGCAGGGGUCACCUUUACCUGUAACAUGUGUGGCCACAUCUCGUAUACUAAAGUGGAGUCUCAGCGGCAUGCCGUGCAACACUCCGGAAAGUUCCCGUUCAAGUGUGACUUCUGCAGCUAUGGCGCGGUGAGGAGAGACUAUGUAGUGAAGCAUGUCCAACGAGUACAUGCCAAGAAGAAGGUUGGUUCCUUUCAGGACGGAACACAGAAUGUUCUAAUAAUGGGAGAUGUGUCUAUAGCAUCUGUCCCCAAAGUAGGACUGCCAACUCUCAUAGAUGUCACUGAACAGACAGCUAAAGCAUCUGGUCAGGCUUUUGAUAUUGUGCCAAAUUGGAUGCCUUUGACAGUGAGUCAGCCACAAAGGAACAGCACAAGCCAUUUGGGCAGUAUGUUGAGCCAGCAAGUUACAUCAAACAGAUAUCUCAACCCACAGAGUCAGUAUGUUGGUGUUACUUCAAAAACAGAGUGUGUGUCAACAAAUCUAAAUUCUGCUGGUGCACCAAACCAAAUUAUCAGUAUAACACCGAUUAGGAUUCCUAAUGCAGCAAAUAACCCUAAUGGCAAUGUUCCAGCAGGAAGUCAACCAAAAUCUUAUACAGGCAAAGUCCUCACAAGCUUGAAACAAUCCACAAGUAGUGCCCCAGAUGUGCUUGGUAUUAUCCCUAGUCAAGCCAUAUAUACGGCUACACAUGCUACUCCAAACACAUCAAAUUACUCAGAUCACCGAAUACCUCCAAUAAUCCUACGGAAAACUCCGCAAAGAUCAGUGGACGUGAUUCCCAAUGUAACCAACCGAAAUCUUCCAGCAUCCAGUGCAGGCAAAGUCCUCACAAACUUGAACCAGUUUGGACCAACAAGUGUUACUACAAAUGGGGUUAGUGCUAUCCCCAGACAGCCACUACAUUUGGGUACACCUAAUACUUCAAACACACUGAAACACUCAGUUUGCAGAACACCUCCAAACAUCCUACGGAAAAGUCAACAGCGUUCAACAGGAAUUGGUCCAAGACCAUCAUAUGUGUCCAGUAAUGGUGUUGUAAGUCAGGCUUGUGUUGGUUCAUCAUCAAACACAAUUCCUAUAAGUAUGAGUCAGGCCCUUUUAGGUACUUCAAACAUGACACCUGUUUCAUCAAAUCAGACCACCAGACCAACUCUAGGUGCAGUUUCUAAUCUGCCAGGAAAGAUGAUUACUCUGACUUCAAAUAGGCCCCUAGAUUCUGCAAUUGGUUCAUUUGCUCAUUUAACAAGCAGGACUGCCAACACAGUAGGCCAAUCACUAAAUCCCCAAAACCGACAAAUGGAAUGUCAGAUCGGGAGUAAAACUUCAGAGUCUUUCCUGCAAUCCUUAGCUCUUCAGGGAAAAUGUCUGCCUCUUAUAAACAAUAAGCCUGAGGUGGUAUCACCUGUCCAGGUCGAGCUGUUGGAACCAUUGAACCAGCCAAUUCACCACGACCGUACUCUGACUGUAUCUUACCCUGAGGAGGUCAGCAUCCCCCCAGGUAGCCUGGUGGAGUUGGUCGAAGUGAAAACUAUUAACGGCACCCAGGAGUUGCAGUUUAGGAUCGUGCCACAGCAAUCUGUGGGAUGUUCAAAUAAGAAUGCCUCGAACGCUGCAACUGCUGCUCCAAUUCCUGCACCAGCUGCUGCUCCAGCAGCAGGCACAACCUUCAAGGAAGUAGUGUCUAGGGACAAAAGGCUGAGUAAGAUGGAGACCUGUUCAAAGACGGACUCCGGUCAGACUCCUAUUUCAAAACCUAGUUUAUUUAAAACAUCCAGUGCACCCACCACCACUUUGAAAAGACACACUGACGUUAGGAUUAAAGUGAAAGAAGAACCACUAGAACAAGACUGUUUUUGUGCACCUGUGUCACAAGAGUUGAAUAAAGGGUGCGGAUCACAGGCUAACUCUCUAAGCCUAACUACUCAUCUCUCAACUGCUUCACUCAGAGAGAGAAAGAAGGACCAACCUUACUCCUCACAUUCUUUACUUUCUCAUAAUAAGCCGCCUGUUGCUAGCAACAAAAGUUUAACCUCUGGUGGACUUCUCAAAGACAGCAAGGUUUCUGAAACCUCAGUGGAGAAGCAUAGGAACUGUAUUGGUGAGGUGGAAGCUGGGGGCUUGCCUGUAAUCUUAUCUGUUUAUUCAUUGGAAUAUAGUCCGGAGAGUGAAGAGUUUCCAUGUGUAGUUGAGAGAAGGCAGUCACAUGGUAUUGGUGCAAACAACCAUGAGACAUACACAUCUGCUGAGGAUUGUGUUAAUAACCUCUUGGUUCCACGUCAGUCAUCAGUUGUAGAAACAUUAAGCCAAUAUUUUCAGCAAGACGGGGAUUAUGCAACACCACCAGCCAAAAAGAGGCCUAUGGACGGGCCAGAGAAUGAAAAUAACAGACACAAACUGAAUACACAAAUUGAGAGACCUGCCUGGGCAUUACCAACUCAGGAGUUGGUGAAGAGUCAUCAAACUAACACACCCAGUAUGCCUACAGACUCAAAUUCCAGAUUGGAUUUCACUGGAUGCAAACCAGUAGAGGCACACACACCACAUAGACAGCCACAAAAAUGUUUAUCUCCACCUGACACUGAAGUCAGAGGAAGAACAAACUGUGAGGCACAGAUUAGUAGUUUUGAACAUAAAUCUUAUGAACAGCUAUUCACGCUGGUUCCAAGAGUGUCUUUAGUAAGGAUUUCAAAUAAGCAUCUCCCACCACCUCAACCUGAGAUACAAUCAGAAAAGCGCAGAGAGGAUGCCACUUUUACAGCAAGACCAGUCCUAUCCUGUGCCUCCAAUAAGCAGAAUAUCUCUGUCCACCAGCAGGCCUGUCACGAAGUUCUCAAGCUUCGUCUGAAAAGGAAAAAAAUGUGAGUCUGAGAAUGACUCAUGCGAUAUAUUUGAGGCACUGGUAACACCACCGACUCAGGCAAAUGUUGAGCCAUUCAUUUUUCCAGAAGAGAGGCAACAUAAAGACAAGAUGUCGGCUAAACGCCGGAAGUUCAGUGGCACUGUGAUCUCACAAAGACUUUGUCUGACUCCUGUAAAGGACGAUCAGCCUGUGAAAUGCCCAGGCCCCAACCAGCCGGUGGUUGUCCUCAACCAUCCACACCCACUGGCUCUGAGGUUGGGAAGAGGCCUACAGUCACCAGUAGACAACAGGGGAAUCGCCCCACUGCGCAUUGUGUUUUCCAGAGACACACACAGAAUUGUACCAGAAUUUGUGAGGUCCCCAUCAUUAAAAAUGAAGUUUAAAAAAGUUCAGGGUAACCAGUACCAAGUUACUGAGCUGUUGGCUGAAGGGAUUUCUGACAAGCUGAUUUUAUGAGUCUGACCAUUUUCACCUACAUUAGGUGUGGAGACACUUGGCUUCAGGUUUAAGAACCUGUGAAUUACAGCCAGGUGUACAUCUCUAUACAGUAUGUAAAAAUACAUCGUCAGACAAAGACAAAGUCUUUUUAAAGUUUUGAUAAAGCAAAUGCCAGACAAUUUUAAGGUGUUAUUUUAUAUGAGACAAUUAAAUCAUUUUGUAUUGAUGAUCGUGUUAGUCUGAUGUGUAAUCUCUCUGUUUGCACAAUUUGAGUGUUGUCUGCUCAUGCAGAAGUUGAACCAGAUAAACAAUGCAACUUGCUUCACUGUCCAAUCUGAAUAGCUCUAUUAUUACUUGAAUUGGAGGUUUUCAUUUGAUGGUAUUUGUUUUCUGACUCCCAUGGAUCGAUUUUGGCUGAAGAGUAACAGUGUCGUAAGUCACGGAUGUCCCUGAGCCCGGAGGCCACUCAUAGUUUGGAGUGUGUUGGGUUCCACCCUUUGCAUACAAAAUGCACUAAAUAAAAGUGACUUGACUUGACUUAACUAUUUUCCCUCUGAGCACAAUAAAGUAUACCUUACAAAUAGACAGCCAAUGUGUUGCCCUCACCUCUCUGUUUGCAUGACUGUUAGUGGAUAGUGUAAGUAUUAGAAGGAUGGACAAACAAGUGAAAGAAGUAUAUUUUGCUGCUUGUUAUACUGACCAUGAGUAGAAUGGUGUAAUUUUAAGCAUACAACAAUUAUGAAAAUGUUGGUGAUGAUACACAACGCAAACUUUUGAGCAUUAUUGUUGGGGAAUGUUGCGUGUGUUCUUGUUGUAGCACGUUCCCAUUGAUGUUGAGCAACAUUUGUUUUUUUUUAAUUUUCUGUAGAGCUCAUAUUACAGAGUCAGUUUUCAUCUGAAUUGUAAAAUACUUGACCAAAAUAAUGAAACUCUGUAUUGCACCCAAGACUCACAAUGUGUUAAGUUACCGCAAAUUUAGUUUAUAUAUUUAUGUCCAUGUCAGUAUGUACUUUAUUACAAUGCAAAUAAAACUGGUUCUUUUGUA